UGUCGCUGGUAUAUUGAAGAACUAUAUUGUACUUAUGUAAGAUUUUAUUGUGAAAAGAAAUAAGUCAUAAGUUGUUACAGUUUAAGACGAAGAAAUUUAGUGUUAGGUCAUACGUAAUUGUGGUCUGUUAAAUAUUGUAGAUCGACGUAUUGUGACAAGUAAAAUUAUUUUUAAAUGUUCAACAUGAUGUCUCUAAAAAUUAUACAACCAGGAUGUAAAUUAUUUCAAACAUUUCCAAAGACUUUGACUGUACCUUUUCACCGAACUAAAUUCUAUUCCGUUCAAAAACAAUAUGAAGAAUCUACUGAUGCAAAAACUUUGGCUGAGCGACUACUCGUAACCGAAAUUUGGAGUGGUUUCGGAAUAACGCUAUCUUACUUUUUUAGAGAACCUGCAACAAUAAACUAUCCUUUUGAAAAGGGACCUUUAAGUCCUCGGUUUAGAGGAGAACAUGCAUUAAGAAGAUAUCCUUCAGGCGAAGAAAGAUGUAUUGCAUGUAAAUUAUGCGAAGCAAUUUGUCCAGCCCAAGCAAUUACCAUUGAAGCAGAAGAGAGAGCUGAUGGAUCUCGUCGUACAACAAGAUAUGAUAUUGAUAUGACAAAAUGUAUAUAUUGUGGCUUUUGUCAAGAAGCUUGUCCAGUGGAUGCAAUUGUAGAGGGUCCAAAUUUCGAAUUUUCCACGGAAACGCACGAGGAGCUUUUAUAUAACAAGGAAAAGCUUUUGAAUAAUGGAGACAAAUGGGAAUCAGAAAUUGCUAGCAAUAUUCAGGCAGAUUAUCUAUAUCGUUAACUUCUUUAAUUUAUAAAAUGUAGUAAAAAAUUAAAAGUAUUUAACAUCUAAUGUUUAGUUAUUGUAUAUUUCGUUAAUUUUGCUGUAGAGCUUAUUAUUCUUUAUUGUACUAUUAGUUGUUGCAAAAAAAGCGGCGCGCCUUAAGUAGUAGUAAUAAUAUUAAUAACAGCAGCAGUUAUAUCGACUGCUCACGCGGGGCUCGAUCGUCACCUAUCGUUGUUUAUAGCAAUUAGAAAUUGCUAGCAAUAUUCGGGCAGAUUAUCUAUAUCGUUAACUUCUUUAAUUUAUAAAAUGUAGUAAAAAAUUAAAAGUAUUUAACAUCUAAUGUUUAGUUAUUGUAUAUUUCGUUAAUUUUGCUGUAGAGACAGUGCUGUAGUAACAAAUUCUCCAUCUCCCA